CUCCCCGACAGUUUUUAUGAUAUUUCUGGUAGAAAAUUUCACACACUUCUUAUUUUCAUCAUGAUACACAGCCUUUUCAUCAUAAACAGUAGUGGAGAUGUUUUCAUGGAAAAGCACUGGAAAAGUGUUAUUCACAAAUCCAUAUGUGACUACUUUUUUGAAGUUCAGGGAAAGGCUGCCUCUGCUGAUGAUGUUCCUCCAGUGAUCUCAACUCCUCAUCACUACCUCAUCAACAUCUACAGAAACCAGCUGUACUAUGUGGCUGUCGUUACUACAGAAGUGCCUCCAAUGUUUGUGAUUGAGUUCCUACAUCGGAUCUUUGACACAUUUGAGGAUUAUUUCAAUGAAUGUACAGAGAGUAUUCUGAAGGAGCAUUAUGUUAUUGUUUAUGAGCUACUUGAUGAAAUGCUGGAUAAUGGCUUCCCGUUAGCAGUGGAGCUCAACAUUCUGAAGGAGUUGAUUAAACCACCAAAUUUCCUCAGGACCAUCACGGACACUGUUACAGGCAAAAACACCAGUGUGAGUGGUAUUUUACCUACUGGUCAGUUAUCCAACAUUCCUUGGAGACGGACAGGUGUCAAGUACACUAAUAAUGAGGCCUACUUUGAUGUGAUAGAAGAGAUAGAUGCUAUUAUAGAUAAAUCUGGAACAACUGUGACAGGAGAGAUUCAGGGAUAUAUUGACUGUCUGAUCAAACUGACUGGAAUGCCUGAUCUCACCUUGUCCUUUAUCAACUCUCGUCUCCUUGACGAUGUCAGUUUCCAUCCCUGUGUGCGCUUUAAACGGUGGGAGAGUGAGAGAAUCCUGUCCUUUGUACCACCUGAUGGAAACUUUAGACUCAUAUCCUACCACAUAACAUCUAACAACCUCGUAGCAAUACCGAUUUACCUAAAGCACAGUAUUAUGUUCCGAGAGGGGUCCUCCGGCAGGUUUGAAGUAUCAGUUGGACCAAAGACCACAAUGGGAAAAACGGUUGAAAAUGUAGUUAUGGAAGUUCCCUUUCCUAAAACAGUUCUUAAUGCAACCUUGACCCCAACUCAAGGAAAAUACACCUUUGACCCUGUCUCCAAGGUGAUGACCUGGGAUAUAGGACGGAUAGAUACCACUAGAUUACCCAGCAUUAAAGGAACAGUAACCUUACAAACGGGAGCACCUGUACCGGAAUCAAACCCUACCAUUAAUAUGUACUUCACCAUCAGUCAGCUGGCUCUAUCUGGCAUCAAAGUCAACAGACUUGACAUGUAUGGAGAGAAAUACAAACCAUUCAAGGGAGUGAAAUAUAUAACCAAAGCUGGAAAAUUCCAAGUACGGACAUAGUGGUUGUAGAGACACAAGUUGGCUGCUGCUAUGUGUGGAAAAGAGAUUGGUAAAGAGUUGUCCAGGAAAUGUUAUUCAGACUAAGAUGGGGUAACUUGUUUGGAGGUGUUCUGUGAUAUAUCAGUGUGACCUAGUGAUGUGUCUCCAUGCUGAACUCAUGUGGAUGUACAAAAGACUACUCAGUUUCUCUGGUGCUCCAUCGUGGUGAGUUGACAGAAACAAGAUACAGUCAACUGUCAACUGUAAUAGUAGCACUGGAAUCUGGCUCAGGACCGUCUACCUUUUGGGCGAGAACAUAUGGAUAAAACAUCAUACAUAUGUAACUCUAAAUGCCAUAAUUCUGUACUGAGGAGUAUGUUUUCUGUAGCACAUAUCCUGUUAAAUACAUAUAUAUCUCUGUUAUUAUUCUGAAAAUAUGUGAUUAAAACAUAGACAAGUUAUGUGGGGUAAUGCAUGGUAAAAAUGUUCUAUUUGAUGAAAAGAGUGAAUUUUAAAUUUUUGAAUCAUUACAACAAGUUCAGGAUAGAGCAAUUAGUUUAUUUCAUAAAAUGUACUGCUUAAAAAAGUGCAUUUUUUUCAUCAGGAUCAUCUUUUUACUUAUUUGUGGGUAUUAAAAUAGAUAGGACCCAUUUAAAUUUCAUCCACAAUAUUAAGUACUACUGAAGAAGCCAUUGCUCAUGUCUCCAUUUCUCAAAGGAUAUUUCAACAGUCACAAUUGUUGGCACAGAAUGUUCGUGUUUAAAAGCAUCAAUUGUUAUCAAAUCUUGUUCAGUCUACUGGUGUUUGACUGAUAAAUCAGCUAUCAUGAAAUUAUAACUUUAUAUCAGUGCACUCUUCGUGAAAAAUUAGAUAUCCUAUUAUAUUAAAAAUGGAAAAAGUUGAAUUAGUCAAAGUUUAAUUCUCUUGUUCAACUUGAAAAUCCUGACCAUUUUGAACCACAAAUUAAACAGACUAUGUGGUAUCUAGAAUAUAUUGAUUUUAUUUUAGCUUUAAAUGUCAUAUUCAUUUACUGUUGAAUCAUAUAUUUUUGUAGGGCUCAAAUUUUGUGGUUUUUCAAAAGAAUCCUAAUUCAGAAGCAAAUGAUUUCAUAGAUAAACAGUAAUUACAAGAUCCACUUCUUCAAUGAAUUAAUUUUAAUUGUUUAUCUUUUUGUGGAUUAAUGAAUUUGUGGAUAAAGAUUUCCCAUGAAGUCAACAGAAAUGCAGCCACCACCAAAAAUAAUCACUUUACAGUAACAUUAAAACAGUUCUACUCUUAAAGUUUAUUAUAUAUUGCCGUAUACUUUGUGACCACUUAACUGACCAAUGGUGUUGUUAUUAUUAAUUUGUUGUUGUGUUUAUAUAAGAUAUUUCAAAGCAUGAAGAAGUGAUGAGUGUUGAGGAUGAGAGAGAAAUGAGUGGGAUAAUAGCAGCAUCAAUUAGUGCUUGUUUUAAUGCUCUGGUAACAUUUUUAUUUUGAGAGUUGUGUUAUUGUAUUAUAAAAGAUGUAAGGAAGUAUUGUAAACCCCUGUGCUCUCAUGAUAAACAUGCAAUAUUUUGUUGUACAGUAUUUAUAUCCUACCAUGUUUUGUUUAAGUAUCAAGAGGUCACGACCUUUUAAACUGCCAUUGCUAUCUUCCAUCAGGUUCAUCAUCAGUGUUUACAGUUCAUCAGAUUCAACAUGUGGUUUGUCUCUGCAUUAUGUGCAUCCUAUGGUGCAUAUUUUCCAACUAUUUUCAAGUCUAAGUGAAAUAAGUUACAUGUAUAUGUAGCAAAACAUGUCAGAGAAAUUAUGAUAAAUUAUAAUAUGAUGACCAUGUGCUAAGUCAGGUGUGUUAUCAGGGUUGGACUUGUCCCGUACUCGUACUGGCCAAAAGCAAGAUUUGGGGAAUUAUCGCUAACUAGUCUGUUAUACUUCAAUAAUUAGCUAUCAAAACAUAUAUUUCUCCCCUUUUCCAGUACCCAGGAAUAUUUUCCCAUGAAAGGUAAUUGCAUUGACAUUUCUGAAUCACAGGAUCAGUAUAAUGAAACAGAUAUAACAGAAUGUGCUGCCAUAUAACGAAGUAUAACAAUGUUGUUUGACAAAUAUAUUAUAAUAGUUAACUCACACAAACAGAAAUAUUACAUUUGUCCAGAUUGUCGAGAAUUUCAUCAUAUAUCUAAAUAGUAUUAUAAUAGCAACAAGGAACCUUAAGUAUCAUCACAAUUUCAUGUUUCAAACGAAAUAAACAGAUAAAAUGAUACCUGAAUCAUCAACAAAAUUAUGGCCUGAAUAAAAUCCAGAGACAUACACUGGGAAGUUAUAUGUUCUAAAUGUGGGUGUGUCACAACAGCAGUUGUUAUGUACACAAUAAACAGAGUAUAAGCUGAGAAAUCAACACAAUUAUUGUUAAAUGUGUCAAUCAUGUAUGGUUUCCAUGAAAAUAUUACAUCAUAUUUCUCUAAUGUCAGAAGCAAUUUGAAUUUAUAUUUGUGCAUUCAUAGGAUAUUUUCUGAAAGGUAGGGAUUUAAUUUCCAUUUUCUAGGGCGAGAUGUAAGACAUACAAUACACUGAUAGGAAUCAGUUUUAUGACCUGUCAGUAGACAAAUGUAUGUGAUUACUUUAGAUGUUGUUCUCAUUGUGUUUUUAUCCAGGAAUCGGCUUGCAUACCGUGGUUGAUUUCUCCACAUUAAAAAGCAUCAUCUCAGUAAAGACUA